AUCAAUGUCCUCGACCGCUACUACCUGAGCAGCACUCUCCUCACCACCAUCGGCUACCACCUUGCCUUCUUCGCCAUUGCAUGGACCUUCAAGUUUGACAAAGUCACAGACUUUGCAGGCGGUACUAAUUUCGUCCUCUUGGCCCUCAUGACGCUGCUCAUGGGCGGCGCCGAUCGACCGAAUGAUGCGCGCAACUACGUCGCUUCCAUCUUCGUCAUGAUCUGGGGUCUGCGGCUUUCUGGCUUCUUACUCUACCGCAUCCUCAAGUCGGGCAGCGACUCGCGCUUUGACGACAAGCGCGAUCACUUCUUCAAGUUUUUGGGGUUCUGGGUCUUUCAAAUGGCUUGGUGCUGGGUCGUGAGCAUGCCAGUCAUCAUCUUGAACUCGCCAGCCGUGAUGAAUACUGGUUCAACCAAGUUUGGUACAGGCAGGGAUAUUGUCGGCGUUAUCUUUUGGGUCAUUGGCUUUGCGUUCGAAGCACUCGCGGACCAGACCAAGUACAUGUUCAAGAAGAAGCAUCCAAAGAGCUUCUGCGAUGCAGGUGUAUGGAAGCUAUCACGACACCCAAACUACUUUGGUGAAAUCUUUAGCUGGUGGGGUAUAUGGAUGCUCUGUCUCUCGCCUUCUACCAACGGGCCUGUUUCUGGUGGUGCAUAUGGUGCACAGUACGGCUCAAUUGUGUCGCCGUUGUUCAUCACGCUGCUGCUGCUCUUCGUCAGUGGCUUGACUUUGCAAGAGCCGCCUGCCCAAAAGAAGAUGUACAACUCGGAGCAACGCGAUAGCCAUCGCAAGUACCUCGACUCGACCUCCAUUGUUGUUCCACUCCCACCGGCACUGUACAGACCGUUGCCGCUCUGGCUCAAGCGUACUGUAUUGCUCGACUUCCCCAUGUACCAGUAUGAUCCUGCAAAGGACAAGGAUAAGCGCGACGACCAGCAAGAACGC